UCAAUCAGAUUUGGAAAUGUGGAUAUGCCCUGCGUGCAAGCCCAAUAUAGCCCUUCGCCUCCGGGGUCCACUUAUGCCACGCAGACGUAUGGCUCGGAAUACACCACAGAAAUCAUGAACCCCGAUUAUGCCAAGCUGACCAUGGACCUCGGUAGCACAGGGAUCAUGGCCACCGCCACGACGUCCCUGCCCAGCUUCAGUACCUUCAUGGAGGGCUACCCCAGUAGCUGCGAACUCAAGCCCUCCUGCCUGUACCAAAUGCCGCCUUCCGGGCCGCGGCCUUUGAUCAAGAUGGAAGAGGGCCGUGAACACGGCUACCACCACCACCACCACCACCAUCACCAUCACCACCACCAUCACCAACAGCAGCAGCAGCAGCCAUCCAUUCCUCCUCCCUCUGGCCCUGAGGACGACGUCGUGCCCAGCACUUCCAUGUACUUCAAGCAGUCUCCGCCGUCUACGCCAACCACGCCAGGCUUCCCCCCGCAGGCGGGGGCGCUGUGGGACGACGAGCUGCCCUCGGCGCCUGGCUGCAUCGCACCGGGCCAGCUGCUGGACCCGCAGAUGAAGGCGGUUCCCCCGAUGGCUGCCGCGCGCUUCCCGCUCUUCCACUUCAAGCCCUCUCCGCCGCACCCUCCAGCGCCCAGCCCAGCGGGCGGCCACCACCUCGGCUACGACCCCACAGGCGCCGCUGCACUCAGCCUGCCCCUAGGAGCCGCGACUGCCGCCGGCAGCCAAGCUGCUGCGCUCGAGGGCCACCCGUACGGGCUCCCGCUGGCCAAGAGGACGGCCACGCUGACCUUCCCGCCGCUGGGCCUCACAGCCUCCCCUACGGCGUCCAGCCUUCUGGGAGAGAGCCCUAGCCUGCCAUCGCCACCCAACAGGAGCUCAUCAUCCGGCGAGGGCACGUGUGCGGUGUGCGGCGACAAUGCCGCCUGCCAGCACUACGGGGUACGCACCUGCGAGGGCUGCAAGGGCUUCUUCAAGAGAACGGUGCAGAAAAAUGCAAAAUACGUUUGCCUGGCAAAUAAAAACUGCCCAGUGGACAAGAGACGCCGCAAUCGAUGUCAGUACUGCCGAUUUCAGAAGUGUCUCAGCGUCGGCAUGGUUAAAGAAGUCGUGCGUACAGAUAGUCUGAAAGGGAGGAGAGGCCGGCUGCCUUCCAAACCAAAGAGCCCACUGCAGCAGGAGCCCUCGCAGCCUUCCCCACCGUCUCCUCCCAUCUGUAUGAUGAACGCCCUCGUCCGCGCUUUGUCAGAUGCGACACCCAGAGAUCUGGAUUAUUCCAGAUACUGUCCCACCGACCAGGCGACUGCAGGCACAGAUGCCGAGCACGUGCAGCAGUUCUACAACCUCCUGACGGCCUCCAUCGACGUGUCCAGGAGCUGGGCAGAAAAGAUCCCAGGAUUCACUGAUCUCCCUAAAGAAGAUCAGACGCUACUUAUAGAAUCAGCCUUUUUGGAUCUGUUUGUUCUUAGGCUUUCCAUCAGGUCCAACCCUGCUGAAGAUAAGUUUGUGUUCUGCAAUGGACUUGUCCUGCAUCGACUUCAGUGCCUUCGUGGAUUUGGGGAGUGGCUCGACUCCAUUAAAGACUUUUCUUUAAAUUUGCAGAGCCUGAACCUUGAUAUCCAAGCCUUAGCCUGCCUGUCAGCACUGAUCGUGAUCACAGAGCGACAUGGGUUAAAAGAACCAAAGAGAGUGGAGGAGCUAUGCAGCAAGAUCACGAGCAGCUUAAAGGACCACCAGAGGAAGGGGCAGUCCCUCGAGCCCACCGAGCCCAAGGUCUUCCGUGCACUGGUGGAACUGAGGAAGAUCUGUACCCAGGGCCUCCAGCGCAUCUUCUACCUGAAGCUGGAGGACUUGGUGGCCCCACCUUCAAUCAUCGACAAGCUCUUCCUUGAUACCCUGCCUUUCUGAGCAGGGAACCCCUCGCUCUGCUGGCAAUUGAUCACUAAGCUAGCUAAAGGAUGGAUCUGAUCACCCGCCACUCCAUUCUUCCUUCAGGGGAAAAGCAGCUUCCAUAGAAAACAAAGACUUUUUUUUCUGGUACCUUUACUUACAACCUAAAGCCAGA